UUCAAUAUUAUUGGAAAUUUCAAAUAAAUUAAAAAUGGCCGCAUAUAGAAUAAUUAAAAUGUUUCAUUAUAUAAAAUAAAUCAUAGUUACGCGAAUACAUUAAAUUAAAAAAAGAAAGAAUUGUAUUGUACAUAUCAAAAUGAGUGUCCGAACAAGAAAAACAAUUUUUUGUGGAAUUAUUAUAUUAUUAAGUGUAUUAUACCUAUAUACAAAUCGAACUUUAUAUACAGAUUUACAGAAUAAAAAUAUUUCUUUAAAAUUACUUCUUACUGCUGCUAUAAAAGCAGCAGAAAUUGGUGGUUCUGAAGUAAUUGCAGUUCAUAAUCAAGCAAAAUUCGAAAUACAAAGUAAAGGAAAAACGAAAGAAGGUAUAAAUGAUCCAGUAACAGAAGCAGAUUAUAGAUCACACUGUGCAAUGGUCCAUUCUUUGUUAGAAACAUUUCCAAGUAUAACAGUAAUAUCAGAGGAAACAUCAAAAAAUUGUGAUAAAAUUACAGUGUCAAAUAUAAAAAAUAAUAUUAAUAAUUUAAAUGAUUAUGAUAUUAAGGAUGAAAUUAUAAAUAUAAAUGACAUUACAGUCUGGAUUGAUCCUCUUGAUGCAACAAAAGAAUUUACAGAAAAUUUGUUACAAUAUGUUACAACUAUGGUUUGUAUUGCUGUAAAAGGAAAACCUAUAAUAGGUGUUAUAUAUAAACCAUUUGAAACAAAGCAAAAUUCUAGUCUAUUUUGGUCAUGGACUAAUCAUGCAAUUUCAAAAAAUUUACAAAUACUGCAUAAGUUAGAAGAUGAAAGAAUACCAAUAUUGAUUGUAUCACAAUCACAUGCUGGCCAAAUUUAUAAUGUUUCUAAGAUUGCAUUUGGUAAAGAUGUAAAAAUUAUUCCUGCAGCUGGUGCAGGUUACAAAUUUUUAGAAGUUUUAAGUGGAAAUGUAACUGCAUAUGUCCAUAUGACUGCAAUAAAAAAAUGGGACAUUUGUGCAGGAACUGCAAUUCUUACUGCUCUUGGUGGUACAGUUACUCAAUUGUUUGAUCAACAAUUGAUAAGUUUUAGACCUCAUGAUUCUAAAGAACUUACAUGGGGUCUUUUAGCUACUAUGAGUAAUCAUGUUUGGUAUUUAGAUAAAUUUUCAAACAUUUAAUAUAAACAUUAAAUCUCUAAAUUUUAUUAUUUACUUUUAAAUCAUAUUUCAAUAUCAAUUUUUUCAUUAAAGAAUUGUAAAAAUUAUACAUAUC